ACUAAGGCUCCUCUGGCAUUAUUACAGACACACAGAGCUGACCGCAAUGACAGCAGCUGCUCCUUUGAACUGUUGGCAGCAGCCAAGCGGCAGCAUGAAGUGAGAGAUCACUCCUGAGCUCAAGAUGAACUCUACCUUGGAUGGUAAUCAGAGCAGCCGCCCUUUUUGCCUCUUGACAUUUGGCUAUUUGGAAACUGUCAAUUUUUGCCUUUUGGAAGUAUUGAUUAUUGUCUUUCUCACCGUAUUGAUUAUUUCUGGCAACAUCAUUGUGAUUUUUGUAUUUCACUGUGCACCUUUGUUGAACCACCAUACUACAAGUUAUUUUAUUCAGACUAUGGCAUAUGCUGACCUCUUGGUUGGGAUAAGCUGCUUGGUCCCUUCUUUAUCACUCCUCCACUACCCACUCCCAGUAGAGGAGUCUUUGACUUGCCAGGUAUUUGGUUUUGUAGUAUCAGUUCUGAAGAGUGUCUCCAUGGCCUCUCUGGCCUGUAUCAGCAUCGAUAGAUAUAUUGCCAUCACUAAACCUUUAACUUAUAAUACUCUGGUUACACCUUGGAGACUACGCCUGUGUAUUUUCCUGAUUUGGCUAUAUUCCACCCUGGUCUUCCUGCCUUCCUUUUUCCACUGGGGCAAACCUGGAUAUCAUGGAGAUGUGUUUCAGUGGUGUGCAGAGUCCUGGCACACCGACCCCUACUUCACCCUGUUCAUCGUGAUGAUGUUAUAUGCCCCGGCAGCCCUCAUUGUGUGCUUCACCUAUUUCAACAUCUUCCGCAUCUGCCAACAGCACACAAAGGAAAUCAGCGAAAGGCAAGCCCGCUUCAGCAACCAGAGUGGGGAGACUGGGGAGGUGCAGAGCUGUUCCGAUAAGCGCUAUGCCAUGGUCCUGUUCCGAAUUACUAGUGUAUUUUACAUCCUCUGGUUGCCAUACAUCAUCUACUUCUUAUUGGAGAGCUCCACUGGCCACAGCAACCGCUUCGCAUCCUUCUUGACCACCUGGCUUGCUAUUAGUAACAGUUUCUGUAACUGUGUCAUUUAUAGUCUCUCCAACAGUGUCUUCCAAAGGGGACUAAAGCGCCUCUCAGGGGCCAUGUGUACUUCUUGUGCAAGUCAGACCAUAGCUAAGGACCCUUACACAGUUAGGAGCAAAGACCCCCUUAACGGAUGCCAUAUCUGAAGUGACUCAGAUAUUGGAUCACUCUGUGUGUGUGUGUGUGUGUGUGUGUGUGUGUGUUUCCUUUUUGUCUCUUUGUAUCCCUAGCUUACUGGGAGAUCUGGGACAAAAUAAUUCAACUCUAAGCAGUAGCAAACAAAUGAUACAUUGAACAUACCUUCUAAGUUUGCAGAAAUUAUUUUCUAAAAAGUGCUUUGAAUCGGAGAAUCAGGAUCAUGAAGAUAAAUUGCUCUUGGUUCCAGUUUUUGUAAUGUCAUGGAAAUGAUGACAUUUUGAAGAUUUAAAAUAAAUAAAACCAUAUCUAACACCUCUCUUCAGCUGGCAUGACUGAACCUGGGUGUGAAAAGCGUCAGCAUUUUUAAAAAGUCAUUUUCCUGUCGCUUUUCUAGGCUCUUUCUGUUUGGGCUUCAUGUGCAAUUGAAUUCUUUGAAGGGGAAUAUUAAAAAAUAGUGAUGAAUUAACAGGAUUUAAAUUUUGCUUUAUAUAUGCCAAAGUAGAACUACACUGCAGAUUUCAGCACUGUCAUUUAGAAAGCCAAAUGUUUUAUGUUUUAGGUCUUCUCUUGAGAGAAUUCUCAAUACAUAUUGUUGAAUAACAUGAACACCUAAGCGUUAAUUUUAGAAUUUUGCAGUGCACCGUGAGUGAAGCAAAAAGGCAGUCAAUUCAUACAAUUUAGGAAAAAUUGAGCUACUUUCUGUGGCAUGCUUCAUGGGGAUCUAAAGAAAUGUGUGCAUGGAAAGUGAUUGCGCUGUAGUGUUUUUGCCCAUGCCUUUGUGUGUGUGUGUAUUGAAAACGUUUGAAUUUAGAUUUCUCUUUACAGCAAAGUGUAUUUUAAUAAGCUGAAAAACAAAUGAUAGGUUAAUGGCUGCCAUUUUUAUAAUGGUGAAAAUAUAUAGAAAUGAAUCUUUAGUCUUCUUCUUUUUUUUUAAUCCACAAACUUUGAAAUGUCAGAAUAUCUGGGAGAAAAAGAUGUCCUAAUAAGCAACUGAGUCAGAAAAUAUACUGUAUAUUUAACUAGUUCCUUUUUUAAAUAGAAGGGGAUUGAGAUGUUCUCUUUGUGGUUAAAUGGAAUCAACAAAGUAGCAUCUAAUCUUUUUAAAAGCAUUUUUUUGGUGUUAAGAAAUGCACAUUUGAAUGCGAGAAGGAGAAAUUCGGAUUAAGUCUCUUUUAGUGCUCUUCUCUUUCUGGACAAAAAAAUCCUUUGAUGUAACAGUUCUUUACUUAGUCUUUUUUUUUUUUUUUUUUUUUGAAAGCCAAAGUACUAGCAAAAUUUAUAGGAUUUUUAUUAUUUAUUCUGUAGAAUUAUUGAAAGUGCUGUGUAUUUGUAUGUACUGGUGAUGUUUUGUUCUUCAAGUGAUUAUCUUUAGAACAAGAAGUUUAUUUUUCUAAAAGGAGAGAAGGAUUUCCCAGCAGCUCCAGGCAUGAGAGUAUUUCCUCUGCUUUUCUACUGGUUUUAAUGUUUUGGAAGUCUUCAGGGGGCUUAUGUGAUCUCUGCCUUUGGCUAGAUGUUAUAAUCUGAAUACAACAAUGGUAUUCAGUGAGAUGGAAGAAACCCAAGGGAAAUGGGUAAAGUGGAGUUUUGAAUCCAACAAAGGAUGCAGAUAUUUAUAAAACAGGCAAAUAGGCUUUGGUUUUCUGUCAUGAUAUUAGAAAACCUACUACCCCUUUUAAUAUAAAGGGCAGCAUUCUUAACGAUUUUAGGUCUUAGAUUUUAACUUCAAAUGUGUGCUGUACUUUAAACUUUUUUAUUUUAAGUGAAUAAGUAUUACAUAAACAUUUAAAUUUCAGAUUCUGAAUUCUUCCCAAAAGCUUGCUUGCUCUUUAUAUUUAGUACUAAAAAACUUGAUUCUAAGCUGUUUCAGUAUUUAGAACUCAUGUUGAAAUUGCAAGUUAUAUUAGCAGUGGCUCUGUUAAAUUGCCAUUUGAAUUGAAAAACCUUUUCUCUUGGAUUUUGAGAAAUGGUUAUGCAUAUUUCUCCUUUAUUUACGUGCCACAAAUCUAAAGAAAAACAAAGUUUCCUUUUUCUUCAUACAUGUUGGAGAAAGUAACCUGUUCAGAUUUGCAGUUUGCUUGUGAGUUUUAGUUUAGCAAAGAUGAGAAUCUUAAAGAUUAAUUUUUAUAAAAAACUGAUGUUAAAUCGGUGGAGUUUUGCUUUUGGGGGAUGCUGAGCCCUUUUAAUUUUUUCCUGCAGUACCAUUCCAUCUUGUGAGAAAGAGAAAACUCUUUGAGAAAAAUCUUAUGGAAAGAGCCACUGGAAGUGGCUAAUCAAGCUGAUCUUUUUUUUUUUAAUUUAUUUUUUUUUUUAAUUUACAUCCGAAUUAGUUAGCAUAUAGUGCAACAAUGAUUUCAGGCGUAGAUUCCUUAGUGCCCCUUACCUGUUUAGCCCAUCCCCCCCCCCACAACCCCUCCAGUAACCCUCAGUUUGUUCUCCAUAUUUAUGAGUCUCUUCUGUUUUGUCCCCCUCUCAGUUUUUAUAUUAUUUUUGCUUCCCUUCCCUUAUGUUCAUCUGUUUUGUCUCUUAAAAUCCUCAUAUGAGUGAAGUCAUAUGGUAUUUGUCUUUCUCUGAGUAAUUUCGUCAAGCUGAUCUUUUAAUGAUUCAAAAGACACCUCUUUUAAUAAGAGCUUUUGUUAACAGAUUUUUACAUUUUUAUCCUGGUACCAAAUUUAGAUGUUAUUAGAAAUACUUUUUUCACAUAAGAAUCUCUGUCAGCGUCUCAGUCUAAAACUAGAGACUCCAUACACUAAUUUUAAAGAAAAAUCCCCGCAUUCCCCCACUGGUAAACUUGCUUAAUACCAGAUGUCUUUCCAGUUUAUCUUGUCUUCAUUGGACUGUAUAAAGUCUACGUUUUCUUCCAGUUACCAGUUCUUUUCUCACAUUCAUUGAUUGUCUAUACUGCCUUUUAAUUUUUGUUUUCUUGUGUGUGUGCAUGUUAGGGGGGAACGGGGUGAGCCUGGAUGUCAGCAGUCAAUCUUUAGUGGCUAGGGGCAUUUUCUAUGUGAUAUAUUCGGACAGUUCAUAUUAAAGUAACCUUUUCAUCUUGGCAUACUUAGUGCAACAUUUGAUGACGUUUGGUUUAAAUACCAAUCUUGCUAGUUCAGAAUGAAAAAAAAGUAUAUUUUUAGAUUCAAUUACCUUGGGCUUUGGCAAGACAGUGCAUUUAACUAUAUAUGGUAUGUGACUGAUAUCAGAGGAAGCACAAGCUUUUGGUAAUUGUGUUGAAAUUAUUUCAUAGUAAAUGUUCAGAUAAGACAAUACUAAUUGUUACAUUUGUAAAUUAGUUAUACGUUUUUAUACAGUGAUUUCAGAGAAGAUGUUUUUUUUUUUCCUCUUAGAGCAGAAAAGCAGCUGCAAAAGGACAAGUGGUCUACUUUAAUGAAAGAACUGUCUUACACCAGAAAGGAUAUUUGAAUUUUUCAUGGAUCUGUUGACUCCCAAAUUCCAUUUUGUAAAGGGUUUUCCUUAAGCUUUAUUGCUGGAUGAAUUUCUUUUUGAGCCUUUUCUAAUGGCUUUUCCUUUUUACUUGAAUAAUGGUCUCAGUAUUUUAAGGAUUGGGAAAACUUGAAUUUUUAUACUAUAAAUGCAUUGUCCACUCACUCUUUGAACUUGAAAAUGAAGCAACAGGGUUACAAGUUCCCAGACAGUGGAGUGGUUUCUGGGAGAGUUUCCUCAGCCUUUCAGGUUUGAUCGAAAAAUCUGCACAGUGGCUUUGUAGGAAAUGUUUUAACUUUGCUAUGUGUUUUUGUAUCAUAGAAGACUUGUGAAAUAAAUUAUUGGCAAACCAGAAUUUUUUGUUAUAUGAGCACAUUGUGGGAAGAUUAAAGUGGGAGAAAUGUGGCAUUUAUGAUUUUUUUAAGUCUUCACAAAUUGUUCUCUGUGUUGUUUUUGCAUAAUUUUUCUAUUUCAGGUUGAAGGAAAACUAUUUUAUAUUAAGUGUACAUAUUAAUAUAUUUUACAUGCCCUGGCAUUAUUCUAGACAUUUCUUAUAGCUGAAAAUGAGUCAUUUGGCUUUUCUUCAAAAUUUGGGUGACAAGGACACCAUGAUAUGAUUAAAUUGAACUUUGAAUUGAGAAAAAAUCCAGGUUUCUGUUACAAAUUAACUAGUUUUGUAAGGGCAAGUCACUUCUCUAAGCACUUAAUUUCUUCUAUAAAAGGAGAUAAUAAUCCCCUUAUCCCUCAUAGGGUUACUUUGGCAAUUGAAUUAGAUAAUGGAUGUAAAAGUACUUUGUAAUAUGUAAAGUGCUUUGCAAUAAAAAUGAGUACUAUUAUUUGUA